CAAAGUUAAUUGGGUGGGAGCGUUUGCUGAAAAAUCACACAACAUAGUUUAGUUUUUUUUGUUGUUUUUUGUUUCUUCUAGCAACUAAACUGAUUGAAGUUUUUCGUGCACCCUCGUGCUGCACAGAUAGCAUAGAACUCACGAACAAGUUGCCAUUUGUCCAGCCCUUUAGGAGAACCCCGGCCCGGCUGUUGCUGGUGCCGCCGUAGACCUUCCUUCAUUUUCAAUUUGGUCGGCUGGCCCAGAUCGUUAGGACGACCGGCUAUAUAAACAUCAAAUCAGUCCACUCUCGGGUGCAGUUUUGGACCGGGUCUGGCAGAUCAAGGACGGCGUUCGUAAGUUGCAAGUGAUUGAUUUUAGUGGGAAAAGUGAAAAUUUGCAUAGUGAAAAUGUUCAAAGGUUUUAUUCUGUUAAGUGUUGUGCUGGUGGUUAGUGGACAAACAAGACCAACGCCAAAGUUUAAGGAAAUUCCCAUCGUGUCACAUGAAAACAUUUUGGAAGUUGAUGGGAAGUUUCGAUACAGUUACGAAGGUGGUGACGGAACUCGGGCCAUCCAGGAUGGGCAGCAGAUCUUCGUGAACAAUCAGGCUGGGACGGCAUCCCAGGGCCAAUACACGUACCAGGGGGAUGAUGGCAAGACCUACAGCGUGUCCUAUACGGCCGACGAGAAUGGAUACCGGCCAUCGGCGGACCACUUGCCGACACCUCCGCCAGUGCCAGCACCGAUAGCGCGAGCGCUGGCCUAUCUGGCAACGCUGCCUCCGCAGAAGGAGAACAAUAACAAUAAUCACAAUAAUAAUUUUAACGGUAAUGCAAAUAAGAAUAAUAAUAGGAAAUUUUAAAAACUUUUUGCCUACGAGUUAUUCGGCAACAUAAAUAGAGAGUGAUUUUCUGUUUAAAUAAAAAAUGUGAUUUAGUGAACAAUAAAUUUUAGAGUGGAAAAAAGCAGC